CCAACGCUCCUGUCAAAUCUCCAUUAACAUCUGCUUCAAACCACCCACAAUUUACCAAUCAAGAAAGAGAUAGAUCAAAUGGCGUCCCAGAACCCUAACAUCAGAACUCCUCUGUAUCCCCAAGUGAUUCAAUCCGAUACAGAUGCAUUCCAAUCCAACCCUAACACAAACUACUCCUCAGGAACAAAUCUCUACCCUCAAAUCGACAUGACAGACCUCGUCGAGAACUUAUUCCCCGACAAUGACGAAAUUACACAACAAUCCACUCCAUCCGCCCCUCUAGAGGCGUUCGAAGAGAUUAUCCUCAGAAUCCCUGGCGCUAUUCUCCAUCUAAUCGACGACCAGUACAGCGUUGAACUAGCUUACGGCGAUCUUUCUAUCUUUAAGAUCCAACAAGGUGACAGCACCGUUGCUAUUAUAGUCCGCGUCUCUGAUCAGAUCCAGUGGCCGUUAGCCAAGGACCAAGCGGCGGUGAAACUCGACGAAUCGCAUUACUUCUUCUCGUUCAAGGCACCCAAUGAUGAAGAAGACGAGGCUAGUGAUUUUCUGAACUAUGGGUUGACUAUAGCAUCUAAGGGUCAAGAAAAUCUGUUAAAGGAAUUGGAUCGGAUUUUGGAGCAUUACAGUAGCUUUUCGGUACAGGAAGUUGAAAAGAAGGUGGAUGUGAUGAAUGGAUCUAGUGUUAAAGAGUUGUCUCCGAUGGAUUUGAAGUCAGAGAAGAAGAAGGAGAAGGUUGAAGGGGAAUGUGCUGCUUAUUGGACUACUCUUGCACCAAAUGUAGAAGAUUAUAGUGGAACUGCGGCAAAGUUAAUUACUGCUGGUUCUGGUCAGUUAAUUAAGGGGAUUUUGUGGUGUGGUGAUGUAACUGUUGAAAGACUCAAGUGGGGUAAUGAGAUUGCAAAGAGAAGAUCGAAGCCAAAUACACCAACAAAGGUCCGUCCGGAAACAUUAAAGAAGAUUAGAAGGGUCAAGAGGGUGUCAAAGAUGACAGAAAAAGUUGCUGGUGGGAUUCUUUCAGGGGUUAUUAAGGUUUCGGGAUUCUUUACAAGUUCAGUUGCUAAUUCUAAAGUGGGCAAGAAGUUCUUUAGUCUCCUUCCUGGGGAAAUUAUUCUUGCUUCCCUUGAUGGAUUUGGCAAAAUAUGUGAUGCUGUUGAAGUUUCUGGGAAGAAUGUUAUGUCAACUUCAUCCACUGUAACUACUGAAUUUGUCACCCACAAAUAUGGAGAAGAAGCUGGUAAGGCAACAAGUGAAGGGCUUGAUGCUGCGGGACAUGCUAUUGGAAGUGCAUGGGCUGUUUUUAAAAUCAGAAAAGCGUUCAAUCCCAAGAGUGUUAUGAAACCUAGCUCCUUGGCGAAAGCAGCUGCUGCUUCAACUGAUGUUAAAAAAGGCAAGAAAAAAUAGGUUUCUGGAUAUGUAUCAAUGGUAAUGGGCUUGUGCAAUUUGUGAUUAGUAUCUUCUGUUAGUGUUAUAUGAAUGAUUUGAAUUUUUAUGAUUAUGUGUUACUAUGACAAGUUCAUAUUAACUUUUGUUUUAUUUAUUUAUUAUAAUUAGUUGUCUUGAGCUUAACGUA